AUCAUUGGAGAAAUUUCCAAGAAAGUGGCACAGAUUCAAAAUGCUGGAUUAGGGGAAUUCAGAAUUCGGGACCUGAACGAUGAAAUAAACAAACUUCUGAGGGAGAAAGGACACUGGGAAUUCAGAAUAAAGGAGUUAGGAGGUCCUGAUUAUGCUCGGAUUGGACCAAAAAUGUUAGAUCAUGAAGGGAAAGAAGUUCCAGGAAACAGAGGUUACAAAUACUUUGGAGCUGCAAAGGACUUACCAGGAGUUAGAGAACUUUUUGAAAAAGAGCCCCUCCCACCACCUCGGAAAACUCGAGCUGAGCUGAUGAAAGCAAUAGAUGCAGAGUACUAUGGCUACAGGGAUGAAGAUGAUGGUAUUCUAGAGCCACUGGAACAGGAACAUGAAAAAAAAGUUAUGGCAGAAGCAGUGGAAAAAUGGAAAAUGGAGAGAGAAGCACGACUUGCAAGAGGGGAGGAGGAGGAGGAAGAGGAAGAAAACAUCUAUGCUGUCAACGAUGAUGAGUCUGAUGAGGAAGGCGGCAAGGAUAAAGAAGAUGAAGAAGGGCAACCGAAAUUCAUUGCGCAUGUCCCAGUGCCAACUCAGCAGGAGAUUGAGGAAGCUCUUGUACGGAGAAAGAAGAUGGAGCUUCUUCAGAAGUAUGCCAGUGAAACCCUCAUGGCACAGAGUGAAGAAGCAAAAACACUUCUAGGAUUGUAAGGUUGCAGCAGUAUGUCCUGGUUGCUGUGCAAUCCAUCUAAAAUCAACAGGUGUUCUGGUAGUAAUAACUUCUGGCUCUGGAAGUCCCUUUGGGUGUUAAGAGUAA